AUGGCAGACAAUCUUCCCACAGAGUUUGAUGUGAUUAUAAUAGGGACAGCUUUGCCCGAAUCCAUUCUUGCAGCUGCAUGUUUAAGAAGUGGUCAGAGGGUUCUACAUGUUGAUUCAAGAAGUUACUAUGGAGGAAACUGGACUAGUUUCAGCUUUUCAGGAUUGCUAUCCUGGUUGAAGGAGUACCAGCAAAACAAUGACAUUGGGGAAGAAAGUACUGUUGCAUGGCAAGACCUGAUCCAUGAAACAGAAGAAGCCAUUACUCUGCGCAAGAAGGAUGAAACUAUUCAACCUACAGAAGCUUUUUGUUAUGCCAGUCAGGUUGUGGAGGAGGGCAUUGAAGAGAUUGGUGCUCUGCAGAAAAAUCCUUCCUCGGGGGUGUCUAGUACCUUCACUGAAGUUCUGGAUUCUGCAUGCUUGCCUGAAGAAAGCCAGUCAUCACACUUUAAUAGCGAUGAAAUACCUGCCAAACACACUCAGAAAAGUGCUAGAGAGGUUUCCCUAGAAGUAACUGAUGUAGAGGAAUCAGUGGAGAAAGAAAAGUAUUGUGGAGAUAAAACUUGCAUACACACAGUUUCAGAUAAAGAUGGAGUUAAAGAUGAAAGCAUAUCUACAGUAGAAGACAAUGCCAAUCAAACAAACAGAAAUAGGAUUACUUGGGCCGGGAUUACUUACUCUAAAAUAGUUAAAGAAGGAAGGAGGUUUAAUAUUGAUUUGGUAUCAAAACUGCUGUAUUCUCAAGGAUCGCUAAUUGAUCUUUUAAUCAAAUCAGAUGUUAGUCGUUACCUAGAAUUUAAAAAUGUCACUAGGAUUCUUGCAUUUCAAGAAGGAAAGGUAGAACAAGUGCCUUGCUUUGUUCUAAAGACUAAAGCAGAUGUAUUUAAUAGCAAGGAACUUACCAUGGUUGAAAAGAGGAUACUAAUGAAAUUUCUUACGUUUUGUUUAGAGUAUGAACAACAUCCUGAUGAAUACCAAGCUUUUAGGCAGUGUUCAUUUUCAGAGUACUUAAAAACUAAAAAAUUAACUCCCAACCUUCAACAUUUUGUACUGCACUCAACUGCAAUGACAUCAGAAUCAUCUUGCACUGCAGUAGAUGGCCUUAAUGCAACUACAAACUUCCUUCAGUGUCUUGGACAGUUUGGCAACACUCCCUUUCUAUUUCCCUUGUAUGGCCAAGGAGAAAUGCCCCAGUGUUUCUGUAGGAUGUGUGCAGUUUUUGGUGGAAUCUAUUGUCUUCGUCAUAAAGUACAAUGCUUUGUAGUCGACAAAGAAUCUGGAAGAUGUAAAGCAAUUAUAGAUCACUUUGGUCAAAGAAUAAAUGCUAAGUAUUUUAUUGUGGAAGACAGUUACCUUUCUGAGGAAACAUGCUUAAAUGUGCAGUAUAAGCAGAUCUCUAGGGCAGUACUCAUUACAGACAAGUCUAUACUAAAGACAGAUUCAGAUCAGCAGACUUCCAUUUUGAUAGUUCCUCCAGCAGAACCAGGAGCUUGUGCUGUUCGGGUCACAGAAUUAUGUUCUUCAACCAUGACAUACAUGAAGGACACCUAUCUGGUACAUUUGAUGUGUUCAUCUUCUAAAACAGCAAGAGAAGACUUAGAAUCAGUGGUGGAGAAAUUAUUCACUCCGUAUGCUGACACAGAAAUAAACAAGGAAGAACUUACAAAGCCAAGACUCUUGUGGAUUCUUUAUUUUAAUAUGAGAGAUUCCUCAGGCAUUAGCAGAAGCUCAUAUAAUGGCUUACCUUCCAAUGUUUAUGUCUGCUCUGGGCCUGACUGUGGACUGGGAAAUGAGCAUGCUGUCAAGUGAGCUGAAACACUUUUCCAGGAGAUCUUUCCAAGUGAAGAUUUCUGCCCUCCACCUCCAGAUCCAGAAGACAUUAUUUUUGAUGGUGAUGAUAAGCAGCCAGAGGUUCCUGGAACCAGUAAUACAAUAAUAGCCAAACUAGAAUCCUCUGAGGAAAGCAAAAACCUAGAAAGCCCAGAGAAGCACCUUCAAAAUUAGAAAAGAACUAUCUGGAAAUGCUGUUUUGGACCUUUACCGUGGGGUCAGAAUAUUCUCAUUUAAAGAAGAGUUUCCCAUGUGAGUAAUUAGAAGUAGUGAUAUAGGAUGAAUGCU